UUCGACGGCGCCGUUUCGUCUUUCGAAUGAGUAAUUUUUCGGGCACGCAUUGUAAUAGCGGCUGCGACUCGGGCUGGACGGUGUAUUUCCAGGAUUCCGAUGAGAGAUUCCGGCCGAGUGUGGCGGAUUACGGCGGAGGGGAGGAGGAGGGCGACUUGUCGAUGGUUUCCGACGCCUCGUCCGGGCCGCGGAAUGGGUUCGGAGACGGACCAGUGGGGUUCGAGGAGSAUAAUUUCCAGCCCGUGCCACGCCGGAACGGCGGCAAAUCGGCGGCCAAGACUAAGAGAAGAGACGAAAUUGGCCGCCGGAACCAACAUUCUUCCCUUGACGACACUGCUACUUCCCCUGUUUUUGCCCUUUCCAAGAGAGAGACGAAUCCGUACACAAAUGAGGAUUUGGUAGAGAAUGUAAAAGAAUUCGCACAUAGCCAUUCUCGAAAACAACAAGGCAAGAAACAGACAAGCUUUUUUCAGUCUUCCUCUGCCAAAAAAUCGACCAGAAAUGUCUCAGGUGACUUUCAGGAAGCAAAAUGAGAACAGAAGAAGAAGUAAGUGAUCGAAUGAUAGAGACACUAGGAUGUUGUGGAUUAUUAUUUCGUUGAUUUUCUGCUGUUUUUUUUAUUUUUUAUUUUUAUAAAUGUUUUCUUUGUCUUUUCCUCAAAUUUUUGUGGCUUUCUUGCUAAUGUUCUUCGGGUAGAAAUGGGAAGAGGAAGUCGAUUGAAAAUAUUAAUUAUUUGGGAAGUUAUUGUGUUCUUCUUCUUGUUUUUUUUUUCAAGAAGUGUAAACUGCAAAAAUGCUUUGCACGUGCGAGCAUUUGUCAAUUCUAUAUUACUUUUUUUUUAAAAGGAAGGUACACAUCUUUAUAGUUGAGAGAGUUGUAAAAUUUACUCUUGUGAUAAUUUU